AGUAGGGUUGCUUUUGCUCUGGAGUGGUCUCUAGCUAAAUCCCAGAGAUGGACUGAUCGAAUACCGGGAAAUUUUCGCAAGCGUUCCCCUUGAUUCUCUCGAGUUUCGAACACUUCGUGAUUGAUCUUGAGCAUGGCAGGUAGAAACCGUAUGCCUCGUAAUCCUAAUGGUUUCCGAGGUUUUCGUGAUGGCCCUCCUAAUCCUGAUGGUUUCCGAGGUUUUCGUGAUGGCCCUCCGCCUGUUUUGAACCGUGGACCAGGACCACUUCCUCUUCACCCUGUAGCUCUGGAGGAGGAACUUGAACUUCAACAUAGAGAACUCCAGAGGAUUGUUGCGGAGAAUCGGCAUGUGAUUGAUGAUAAUACAAUGCUUCAGAGUGAGUUGGCAGCUGCGAAAGAUGACAUUCACAGAUUGGGUCAGAUCAUUCCGAAACUCCGUGCUGACAGGGAGGUACAGGCCAGGGAGUUGAUUGACAGAGGAUUGAAGCUAGAAGCUGAUCUCCGUGCUGUCGAGCCUCUGAGGACUGAGGUUAUUCAAUUAAGAGCUGAAGCCCAGAAAUUAAACGCUUCACGUCAAGAUUUGUCUGCACAAGUUCAGGGUCUCACGCAGGAUGUUGCUCGAUUGCAAGCUGAGAAUCAACAACUUAUUGCCAUGAGGGCUGAUAUUGAUAGGAUGCGCAAGGAACUAGCAGAGGCCAGGAGAGCUUUUGAAUAUGAGAAGAAAGCAAACGAGGAGCAAUUAGAACAAAAGCAAGCAAUGGAAAAAAACCUCAUUUCGAUGGCUCGCGAAAUAGAGAAACUACGAGCUGAUCAAUUGAACACAGAUAGGAGAGCAAGGGGACUAGGUGGUGGUGGUGGUUAUGGACUGCUGAAUGGAAGUCCUGAGAUGAGAUAUCCAGGUGGUGCAUUUGGUGAUGGUUAUGGUGGAGUCUGGGGACCAUAUGAUAAGCGUGGUCCACCCCGACGAUGAUCUGUUAUGAAGGCCUGUGGAGUUGCUCUGGUGGUUGGAUUUGCAUCAGCGUUUUUGGUGACUGGAGUGAGAAACAGGAAAUUGUUAAACUGCGGGGUAGCUUGUCUUUGUUCCUUGCUAGUCUAGACUUUGUUUUCGGCCUUCUGUUUUAAACAACAUUCAUACUAAACUAGAAAUGAGCUGAGGUAUUACUUUCAUUUUCAUUAUUAUCAUUAUUAUAUGUGUUUAGAAAAA